AGAGGAGAUUUGAAAAGUAUUACUGGGGAACAGCUACCACUGGUAAACCUCAUGUCGGUUAUUUUGUUCCCAUGUGUAAAAUAUCUGACUUCCUUAGAGCUGGUUGUGAGGUGACUAUACUCUUUGCGGAUCUCCAUGCCUACCUAGACAAUAUGAAGGCACCAUGGGAGUUGCUACAACUUCGUGUACAGUACUAUGAACAUGUGAUCAAAGCUAUGCUCAAAUCUAUAGGUGUGCCACUAGAAAAACUGAAGUUUGUCCAAGGAACUGACUUCCAGUUGAGUAGGGAAUACACGCUGGAUGUGUACAAAUUGUCGUCAUUGGUUACAGAACAUGAUGCAAAGAAAGCUGGAGCGGAAGUUGUUAAACAAGUGGACCAUCCUUUGUUAAGUGGACUGCUGUACCCUGGUUUACAGGCUUUAGAUGAAGAAUACCUGAAAGUUGAUGCUCAAUUUGGUGGGGUAGAUCAGAGAAAAAUCUUCACAUUUGCAGAAAAAUACAUGCCACAGCUUGGAUACACUAAAAGAGCUCAUUUUAUGAAUCCUAUGGUUCCUGGAUUGACUGGGGGAAAGAUGAGCUCUUCAGAAGAAGAUUCUAAAAUAGAUCUUCUAGAUUCAGAGGCUCAGGUGAAGAAGAAGUUAAAGAAGGCAUUCUGUGAACCAGGAAAUACAGCUGAAAAUGGAGUCUUAGCUUUCUGUAAAUCUGUACUCUUCCCUCUAUCGAAAACUGGGGAGUUUAAAAUUGAAAGAGCAGAAGAAAAUGGAGGAAAUCUACUUUACACCAAAUAUGAGGACCUGGAAAAAGCCUUUGCUAGUCAGGAAUUACAUCCAGCAGAUCUGAAGGGAGCUGUAGAGGUGUACCUAAAUACUUUACUUGAACCCAUCAGGCAGGAGUUCAGCACACCUGAACUGAAAAAACUCACCUCAUCAGCUUAUCCUGUACAAAAGAAAAAGGGAGGUAAGCCUGCUGCAGCGGGUGCCAAUGCAGAUGCUGAAUUGUCUCCCUCUAGAUUAGAUUUUCGAGUAGGGAAAAUAUUGAAAGUUGAAAAGCAUCCUGAUGCUGAUUCCCUGUUUGUAGAGACUGUAGAUUUGGGUGAACCAGAAACCAGGACUGUUGUGAGUGGACUGGUUGGCCUAUAUCCUGAGGAAAAACUACAAGAUAGACUGGGUGUCUUCUUGUGCAACCUUAAACCAAACAAAAUGAGGGGUGUGACCUCAAGUGCAAUGUUGAUGUGUGCCUCUGUGGAUGACCCUAGGGCAGUUGAGCCGUUGAACCCACCAGAGGGCAGUGCACCAGGAGAUAGAAUUUAUUUUGAUGGCCACCACUCGGAUAGUCCUGAUGAACAGUUGAACCCAAAGAAAAAAGUUUGGGAAAAAUUACAGGUUGACAUGAGAACAAAUGGUGAUUGUAUAGCAGAAUGGCAAGGCAAUAAUAUGAUGUCAAAACUAGGACUUGUUAAAUGUGACACUUUAAAAUCGGCACCAAUUAAAUAAUAAACAUUUUGUUGUUUAUCAACUGAAUGAAUUCAUCAGACAUGGAAUUUGAUUAUUAAAAGAGAGUGAUUCUAAGCAGUUGUGUUUUUAACUUUGUGAUAAACAUAUAAAAUGUUCUGUUUUUCUUCAUAAUAAUUAUGCAAACUUUAUUGGAUUAAAUGGCAUAUGAUAGUAAUUGUAUUUAAUAUACGGAGCCUUGAAAGUGCUUUACUUAAGAAUAUUCAGAUAAGUGGGUUUUUUUCCUCACUUGUUGAGAAGAGGCCUUAGCCUCUUGAUUUUGAGGGAAAAUUAUCACUAAUAUUGCUAAUUUUGGAAGUAAAAGAGCUCGUGUAAGUUCAGAUAUUUGGGAAAUUGAACAUUUUGUUUGAGAAAAGGUCCUCUAUAGGCCUCUUUUAUAAAAGCUGAAAAGUGAUUGUACAUACAACAUUAACUCUUGAACAACAAAACAUGAAAAAGUUAUACCUAUGAAAUAAGAAAUAAUUUUGAAUUUAUGAAAUAAGAAAACAUUUUAAAAAUUAAUGAAAUGAGCAAACAUUUAAAUUUUAUUGAUGUCACAAAUAUUUUCGACAACUUAAAACUAUUUAUUUGAUAAAAAUAAUAAAAAAGUUGUAUUAUUAUGUUCAUUUAAAGAAAUAUGAGACAUACAUGUACAUUUCAUUAUGAUUUAAAUAAAUACGUUCAUAAGAAUUUUCAUCUAAAUACAUAUACUGAAAGGCAGUAAGGAAAGAACAUAUUAAACAAACACUUACUAUACAUUAUAUACAAUGAGAUUUGAAUACAAGAAUUGCAAAUAAACAAUUGUGAUCUCACAUUGUGUCUCACGCUAUUAAUAGUGCAGGAAAUGAUCAUGAUGUAUGAUUGUUGAAACAUUGUUUUACAUUUUUAAUGCAACAAGAAUAAAUCUUUUGGUAGAGAGAAAA